CCGUUUCGCGAACUGACAUAAUAUAACGAUUGUGUGUGUCUACGCAUAACCGCACCCUGGAAUGUUGUGACGUGGUGAGUGCUGUUGUUAAACUCGGCAGAUCCUGCGAUGUACUGUAUUGCCAGUGAAUGUGUGGCAUGCCGGUGCCCCUAACUGCUCGUCGCUUAAGUAUAGGAUGCGAACCUGUUCAGAUAUUGUGAGAUUAUGGCGAUUAAAAUUCGCUAUGGGACAAAGUGGUAGUGCAAUGCAGUUAUCGGCGACAUUGCUGGUGUUGCUUCACUUAUCAAUGCACGUUGUGGAUGAAGGACAGGCUGUAAAUCCUAGUUGCUCCUGUAUCCGUUUCACAUCGACGCACGGCAAGGAGCGCGGUACAUUCAGUAGCCCCGAUUACCCGCUACCCUACCCGCGAGGUAUCUGCCUUCUGUAUACCUUCGUCGCCGCCCCCCACCAGAUUGUGGAGCUGAUGUUUACAGACUUCGACGUUUUUAAGGAUGAUCUUGAUUGCAUACGCGGCGACUACAUAAAGGUGUACUGGGAAGUCCAAGGCCCUGGACCUCCUGGGGCCAUCAAUGAACGCUCAGCAUGGGCAAGAGCUCUAUGUGGAAGCAGGGCUGAUGUUCCGCCGGCUCUGUACUCCCCUGGACCAUCCAUGGUGUUGGAGUUUCAUACCAGCUCAAAGAUCAACAACGCUACGGGAUUUCUUGGAACUUACAGCUUUAUUGACAAACGUUUGUUCGAAACCGAGGGCGUCCGGAUACCUGGAACGGAGUGUGAUUACCAGUUCAGCCGGUCCGGUAACCGACCGACACACGGUCGACUAUACAGCCCGCAAUACCCGUCCAUAUACCCUAACAACGUGCGAUGCUCUUAUCAUUUUCAUGCCAGGCCAAAGGAUCGAGUGAAGGUAGUCUUUGAAGAAGUCUCCCUACAGAAAGGGGAUAUAAGUUGCCUGCGCCGUGCGGACAUCAUCAAAGUAUUCGACGGCAGGGACACCGAGUCGCCGGCCAUCGCGAUGCUGUGUAACGAGUUUACAGGAUAUGAGGUGCUGUCGACGGGACCAUCUCUUCUGCUGCAGUUCACGGCCAACUCCGCGUCCCCGGGACAGGGUUUCGCUGCCACCUAUCACUUUCAACCUCCACCUGAUUCUACUGCAGCAGAUUCUGAUCGACUACUGAAACUAAGCUUUGGAAAGGCGUUUGAAUCUCUGGGGCCUGAAGUUAGCGCAACAACAUCAUCUUGUCAUCAAGAAUUCAACAGCGAUGGCUUAAAGCACGGCACCCUCACGUCACCUCACUACCCUGCUGCAUAUCCCCCGAAUACGCACUGCCAUUAUGAGUUUUUCGGAAGAGGAAAGGAGAGAAUAAGAUUAAUAUUUCAAGACUUCUUUUUGUACAAAUCUACGGAUGGGUCAGGAUGUACGAACGUAGACUCCCUUCAAGCCUUCGUUAACGUCGACGGACGGCUAGAAAAUGUUGCAACGUUUUGCGGAGUGGACCUCCCUAAGCCAAUUAUGUCGAACGGGCCAAAGUUAAUGCUUGAAUUCCGAGGUACACAUUCGUCGAGGCACUCAAGAGGAUUUAAAAUAUCAUAUUCCUUCGUUGAAAAUUUCGGUAUAUCAACAGGGCGACAGUUAAAGGAAUUUCCAUGUGCAUUUGUGUAUAAUAGUAGUGAAUCGCGCAACGGAACCUUCGCUUCGCCAAACUCACCUGGACCGUAUCCAAGAGACACAGAGUGUUCUUACUUCUUCCACGGUGGACAGACUGAGAAGGUCCAUUUAUACUUUACGCACUUCGACGUGGAGGGUGUUUUACCGUGUGAAGCAGUGUCGGCAAGUGAUUAUGUAGAAUUUUCUAAUUCUAUGACUGAAGACAAUAAAUAUGGCAGAUAUUGUGGACAGAUGAAGGAGUUUCAUGUAGAAUCCGAAAGAAGCUUUUUCAAAGUUACCUUUCGAUCUAAUGAUAGGCUGGACGGCACUGGCUUCAAAGCGAUGUACCAGUUCCUAGAAGCUACAGAUGAAUAUCAAGCACCAAUUUACGAUAAGGCUUCCAAAACUUUAAGUUUAUUCGGAGAGCUAUUGCUGAUAUCUCUGGCUGCGACACUCCUGUAUCUAUAUCAUUUAUGAAGUGAUAUUAGAAUUAUAAAUAUUGAUAGUUUAAUCCUGUACAUUUUGUACCAUAGUCUGUGCCAUACACUGUAAUUAAAACGUAGGCGUGCAAUAUUUUCUAUAAAAUAACUAUUUCUAUUUAAGUUUUCAUCUAAUAUUACCAACUAAAGCAAUAUAACACAAUAAAGUUUUAUUCACGCUGGCACGUUAUUAUAAAUAAAAUAAAAAUAUGUAUAAAUUGA